UAAAACACAUCAACAUUUUUACGUUCAGCAGUUGUGGACUAAAACAAAGCAGGCAAAAACAAAAACCUAUUUCAACAGGAUGAUCGAAUAUACUUUAUUUCUAUUUAAAACAUAAAAUAAUGUAGUGAAACGUAAAACAAAAACAACACGACUAUUCUUGACGGUGUUACUAAGGGAAAAGCAAUGCGACGAAUACUAUAUUUGACCCUGAUGGUGUUUCUGGCUUCCGUGGAGGCAAAUGGAAGACACUCUCAAUUUCGAAAGGAAAUUUCUGGUAGCACCUCCCAGAAGGCACGCUUAGGAGGACCGAACAACAACAUUCUGCCCGAUGGUCAAUUAGGUGUUCCUCAACCGAGCCCGGAUUGUGUGAUGACAUGGCAGGACUUUGCAACACACGUGGUAGGGAAAACGUGGUUGGCUAUCUAUAACAUCAAUGGCUACAGAGACCUCUUCCCUGUUACGCCAUAUGGGUCAAAGAUAACAUGGACAGUGACUGGAGAGCGGCAAGCGACUAGAGAUGCCACACUUUGGCAGCCAGCUGAUUCCUCCUGUUUAAAUCUCACUAGUGACUUUGAACGUACACAUCCAACAAAAGCAAUCAUGGCGCAAAUAGUAUCGGGGGUGAUCUCAAACCGCGUGGACACCUUGGUUAGUAAUGACCCUAGCAAGUACCUGAUCUUCCACAUCUGCUACGAUAUCACGGAGGUGGUAGCUGGCAAGUGCCCGAAGGUGUUUGUACUGCUCAUGAUUCCGGACCCCAGACCGAGAGUGGACAUGGAUAUGGACGGGAAUCGUGACGGUGACAUUGAUCUCACCAACACUGACUGGUCGAAAAUUGAGAAGAAGUCUAUUCGGUCCAUCGGAGAGCCAUUUGUCAUUGAGGACGACCUCGGCUGGGAGUGGGCAUGGAGAGGAACUGAGUGCCCCAAAUUGUGAGGAUGAAAGACAACCUGGGCUCAGCAAUGAAUGAAUUCAUAGUUUGGGUUUACUGGAGGCCAGUUGUAACAAAUGUUGCAUUUUGUUUGUAUUGUUUUUGAAUGUUUUAAUAUUCAUUGUGCAUUAACGCUAUAGGAACAUUCAACGAAGGUCAAAAUAUAAUAUGAUAAUGACCAACAGAACAUCAACAUCAAACAAACAAGUAAAUAAAAGACAAUAUAAUGAGAA